AUGGGAUCAAUUGACACUAUCGGACCUCUUUUCCAGCCCCUUCAAUUGGGAGCGUUUUCUCUCCAACACCGUGUUGUUCAGGCCCCAUGUACUCGUAUGCGAGGUACUAAGGAGUCUGAUGGUGUGUUUGUCCCAAAUGAUCUCAUGGCCGAAUACUAUUCCCAACGUGCUUCCGCAGGUGGAUUGAUGAUCACAGAGGGAACUCCAAUUAGCCGCCUGGCCGCGGGGUAUCCAGGUGUUGCUGGUAUUUUCACACCUUCUCAGAUUGCCGGCUGGAAGAAAGUCACCGAUGCCGUACAUGCUAAAGGUGGCUUGAUUCUUUGCCAACUGUGGCACGUUGGUCGUGCCACUUGUCCCUCCUUUCUUGGUGGGGUGCAGCCUAUCGGUGCAAGCGAUAUUCCAAUUAGUGGCAACGCAAUGGAUGGGACCGCGUAUGCCGCCUCGCCUCCGCGGCCAAUGACGGCGGAGGACAUUCAGGACAUUGUGAAAGAACACGGUGCAGCCGCGAAGAGGGCGAUGGAGGCAGGAUUUGAUGGCGUUGAGAUUCAUGCCGCGAAUGGAUAUCUCCUAGACCAAUUCCUCCAUGACAACGUCAACAACCGCACCGAUGACUACGGAGGCUCUAUUGAGAAGCGAUCCCGCCUUAUUAUCGAAACCAUCAAAGAAGUCACCGCCGCCGUUGGUGCUGGUCGUGUCGGAAUCCGGUUGUCGCCUUACAACUACUUUCAAGAUACCCGUGAUUCCAGUCCCAACACGAACUGGUUCACUUUGUGCUCCACGAUCGCUAGCCUACACGCUGAAUCGAAACCAACCUACGUACACAUGGUGGAGCCCAGAUUCGACGAAGUUCUAGAUGAGAGCGCCAAAAUUGAUUCUUUGUGUGAGGAGAAACCUUCCUUGGACGUAUUCCGACCGGUCCUCAAGAAGGGCAGUGUCGCAUUCCUAGCGGCCGGAAACUUCAACACAGAGAAUUCGGGCCCAAAGAUUCUCAAUGAUGGUGCAGAUGCAGUUGUCUUUGGUCGCUACUUUAUCUCCAAUCCCGAUUUGCCCAAACGGUUGAAAGAGGGAUUGCCUUUGAACAAGUAUGAUCGCACAACCUUCUACGGGGCUGAUCCUGCCGAGAAGGGAUAUACCGACUACCCUUUCUACAGUACAUAG